GCUAUCUUUUUAUCUUCUUUCUCUUUCUUUUUCUAGAAAGUUGACCCCAUCUUUGCAUGUUUGAACAGGCUCCUCCUCUCUACAAAUGCAUCGUUUGACAUGACCUUCUUCAGCACUCUCUCAUGGCUCCUCCAUGGGUUCAGGAGAUUCAUCUUCGUCACUUGAACAUUCCUGUCAAUGUUGAUAACAUGUUUUUAGUUACCCCGUCGAAGCCUAUUGAUGCUAAACCUGGAGAUAGCCUAUAUCUCUCCAACCUUGACGACAUGAUUGGAGCUCGUGUGUUUACACCCACAGUGUACUUCUACAAAACAGAUGAAAUGCAUUUUUGUGAAGAAAACCAAAAGCAUCUCAUUAAAACCCUGUGUGAUGCUCUUGCUGAUGUUCUAGUCCCUUAUUACCCUCUUUCAGGCAGGCUAAGAGAGACCAAGAAUGGGAAGCUCGAAGUGUUCUUUGAAUCAAAUCAAGGAGCACUUAUGGUGGAAGCACAUUCUGAAACUACAUUAUCUGAACUAGGAGACCUCACAGCCCCAAACCCAUAUUGGGAGCCCUUGAUCUUCAAGUUUCCUAAUGAAGAACCCUACAAAGUCCUUGACAUGCCAUUACUUAUUGCUCAAGUAACCCUUUUCCGUUGUGGUGGCUUCAGCCUUGGUUUGAGACUCUGCCAUUGUAUCUGUGAUGGGUUAGGAGCCAUGCAGUUCUUAAGUGCAUGGGCUACCACUGCAAGAAUGGGGACCUUAGUCACAGACCCUAAGCCAUGUUGGGACCGAGAGAUGUUUCGACCUCGAAAACCACCAGUAGUGAAGUUUCCCCACAUGGAAUUUAUGGGAAUUGAAGAACGUUCCAGCCUUACAAUGACGUUAUGGCAGACCAAGCCUGUUCAAAAGUGUAUUAGGAUUAGCAAGGAGUUCCAGACUUGGAUCAAGGCUAUGGCUCAACCCUUUGAUCUUGCAGGUUGCACCACUUUUGAUGCCACAGCUGCACAUAUUUGGAGAUCAUGGGUACAAGCCCUUGAUGUAAAACCACUUGAUUAUCAACUUAGGCUAACAUUUUCAGUCAAUGCAAGGCAAAAGCUAAGAAACCCACCAUUGAAAGAUGGGUUCUAUGGUAAUGUGGUGUGUGUGGCUUGUGCAACAAGCACAGUGUCAGAUUUGGUUCAUGGAGGACUCCCUGAAACAACUCGUUUGGUUCGUGAAGCAAGACUGGGCGUCUCUGAGGAAUAUUUAAGAUCUACAGUGGAUUAUAUUGAUGUGGAUAGACCAAAGCAACUUGAAUUUGGAGGUAAAUUGACAAUAACUCAGUGGACAAGGUUCUCUAUAUAUAAAUCUACAGAUUUUGGGUGGGGAAAGCCACUUUAUGCUGGUCCUAUAGAUUUGACACCUACCCCACAAGUUUGUGUGUUUUUACCUGAAGGAGAUGGUGAUUGUUAUAGUGGUUCUAUCAUAGUUUGCAUAUGCUUACCUGAAUCUGCUGUUCAAAGGUUUCUAGAGGCCUUGUUGCCAAAUUCAGGGCUGGCUUGAAAGUUGUCAUGGUUCAUUUAACCCUUUUACCCACUUUGUGAGUUCUUUAAGGUAUCAAUAGUGGACCAUAAUUGAUGUAUUUCAAGUUUCAACUUGAUUUUACUUUUUUGCAUAAUUGUGAUCCUUGUGGGCUAUUUUUGCCAGAAGUGAAAGGGAUAGGACCACCACACUACAUUAGAAAGGGAGAAAAGGGACAUUGGUUACAAACGGCAUCAUGUUUUUAAUGGAAAGUUAUUAUUUUUUGAA